UCAAGGAAUUCACAUUUUUUUGCAAUGAAGGAUUUUGUCUAUUUCAUAAUUCUUAUUGUCAUUAUGGAUUCAAAUUCUUUAAAAAAAGGGAUUUUACAUAUUUACAAGGAUGUUGCUUAUUUUUGUACUUUCAGAAUCAGAAGCUUUUCAUUGCCACGUAUGUGUAGAUACUGGAAGUUGCUCUGGUGGUUGGUGCAGUUUUACAAAACAAAUAAUAGAAGUAAAGAAUAAGAUACGAUAAAAUUGGGAAAAGACAAAAUACUUUUGUUAUGAAGUCAUUUACGACAAAGACGACAACAUGUGACCUUUUAAUAACCAAACCACAGCGAGUAUGCAAACACCAUCAGAUAUGAACACCAUCGAUGAGCACCAGCUGGUCUCAUCCCCACCCGAGACCAGUCCAAUAAGGGUGGUGUAGCUGUUGGUGUACCGGGAGAAGAGCGGAGGGGAACCAGUGCGGAUGGACCGAGAGGCUGAGACAUGUUUUCUCAACUUUACACAGAUAUAACCACGAUCUACGGAAACCUGCAAGAGUUUGAACAGAGGCAGAGCGUGCAGUGCGCCUGGGAGCUGCGGGGUCAGUUCCGUGGGGAUCCUGCAGGGGGCAGCAGCGCGUCUUCAUGUCUGUCCGUAGAAGAAGAACCGAGAGACUUUCCCUGUUAUUGUAAAUAACCGCCAGUGGACCGGAGAGCCUCUAAAGGAGAUGUACCGGGGUCGGCCUCCCCCGAGUGGAGGCUACGGGCAGCCGUUGGAAGGCCGCGGUCUGCCGCCUCCGAGGCCCUACCCAGUACCGGGCUACAGAGACGACCGGAACCGGCCCAGGCCUCCCUUCCACCCCGGCUUUCACGAACAAGGACACCCGGACUCGUAUCACCGCUCCCCGCCGCGCAGGAGAUACCCUUCCCCCGGGUUAGGCCACCGAGGCGGGGAGUACUGGUCCGGACGUCCGACGAGAGAGAGGUCUCAAUCUCCUCGCGGGUCGGGCCCCAUUGACCACAACCUGGUGAUCACCGUUGGCAACGAGCUGACUGGACCGUCUGGGUCCGCCGCUUCACGCCAUCAUGACAGAGAAUACCCUCGUCAACCAGAGUACGAGCGGAGCAGGGCCCGGAGCCCGGAUCGGAGCCGGGCCAAGAGUCAGGGACGAAGCAAGAGCCGGGCCCGCAGCCAGAGCCGUAGUCCGGAUCGGAGCCGGGCUAAGAGCCGGGGCCGGAGUAAGAGCCGCAGUCCGGAUCGGAGCCGGGCUAAGAGCCGGGGCCGGAGUAGGAGCCGCAGUCCGGAUCGGAGCCGGGCUAAGAGCCGGGGCCGGAGUAGGAGCCGCAGUCCGGACCAGGGCCGAAGCAGAAGCCGUCCUCGCUCUCGGUCCAGAGGGCGGAGCCAGCGGCGCAGUAAGAGCCGACAGAGGAGUCGCACUGUGAGCAGCAGCAGCAGCUCCAGCUCGAGCAGCGGAGACAACGAAGACGUGAAGACAGGGAAAGGCUUCAAAGAGCUGGAGACCGCCCGACGCAGGAAGGAGCUGGAAGAGAUGCUGAGUCUGCCCACAAAAUCCAUCCUGAAGAAACGCACCGACUCCGAGGACUCGCCCUCACUCAAGAACAACGAUUCCCCCAGAGGUCCAGAGGGCUCCAACAUCUCCCGGGUGGCCGACCAACUGCUGCUGGCUGUGAAGGGCAUGGAGCCUCACAUGGUGGCCUCCAUGCUGUCAGAGCUGCGGGCCGACCCUCAGAUGGCUCAACGUGCCGGCCUUGACGCGGAGAUCAAAGAGAUCCUACACCUCCUGGGGGGGGCGGCUCAGGAGAAGAUGGCAGAUGACAUCGAUGACGAGGAGAAGUUCCUGUACGGAGACUCGCAGGAGCCCAAACCUCCGGUGGUGUCAGAGCCCGUCCGACACCACGGGCUGGACUUGUACGGAGAAGUGACUGAGGAGGCUCUGUACGGAGACCCACAGAAACACGUCCCUGCCCAGAACUACAGCAUCAUGCCGGCAGCCUCGUCUCACCUUCAGGCCCCGCCUACAGAGGUGGAGAUGAGGUACGCGAGCCGGCCCCCUACCCUCUCUGACCAGAACCUCACGGUCCAGGUGCUGAACUCUUCCUCGCUGCCAGGGAUGGAGCCGCUGGAGGAGAGCGAUCGGCAGGCGCUGGAGGAGUACGAGAAGAUCCAAGACCUACUGAAGACCAUCGGCCUGGACCUGGGCGUGACUGAGAUCAGCAAGAUGGCCGCACGGACCAAAGAGCGUCUCCACGGUAACAAGCCGCCUCCCAAGACUCCCACGCGCAGCAGGCGCUACUCCUCCGCUAGCUCGGAUGGCAGCCGGGGCGGCGGGAGGCGGAGCCACAGCAGCAGCUCCACCAGCAGCCGUAGUGGCAGCCGGGGGCGGGGGGGGCGCAGCUGGAGCAGCGAUGGCAGAAAGAGCUCAGCGCCGCACAAAGACGCCAACGAGUCAACAUCCGGGCAGAGCGCCGCCCUGCCGCCGCCACCGAGCCUCCCCGGGGUGCCCAUCCCUCCCUACCCCCCCGCACAGGUCCACGGCCUCAUGCCCCCCAACUUCCCCCCGCCAGGCUACAGCCAGUACGGAAACUACCUGCCCUACAUGCCCCAGCAGUGGCCCCCCAUGUACCCCCCCCCCACCAUUGCCGUGCCCCCUCAAGUCGGCCUCGACGAGUUCCCCCCCGCUCCUCCCUACCAACAACACUACGGCAUCCCGGCCCCUGAGCCGGGGGCCAAAGCUGGCUCAGGUCCCACGAAGACUUGUGAGGCCGAGAAGGGGAAAGUCAGCCGAGUGUCGGAGGAGCAGAACAACGAGAGCCAGAAACAAAAGGUCCUGGAGGAGCGGGAGAAGCUGAAGCAGGAGAGAGACGUCCGCAUGAAGAAGAAGGAGUACUUGAUGAAGGAGCUGGAGAGGCUCCGGAAGCAGCAAGGAGAGCUCCUGAGGAAGAAGCGGCGGGAGAAGGGGGGCCACAAGGACCCCCUGCUGCAGGAGAUCAGCCACCUGCAGGAGGAGGUCAUGGCUCAGAUCUCUAAUCUGCGCAAGGAGCACGAGGCCGCCGAGAAGAACCGCAACGAGAUCGAGAAGAUUGCGCUCAUCCUCGGCCUGCUGCCGUCUGACCGGCCUCGCAGGACCGGCCCGCUGCCGGAGGACCCACCGCCACCAGAGAAGAAGAAAUGUGAGGCGCAGAGCUCCUGCAGCAGCUCCACCACAAAGACCUCGGCGCCAGGAGCGUCUCCAGACGAGCCGCCCGGCGACGCCCCCCCGCCCCCGGAUCCCUUUGAGUACUACGACGCUGGAAACCACUGGUGCAAAAGCUGUAACGUCACCUCUGGAUCCAUGUUUGACUAUUUCACCCACUUACACAGCAAAACGCACCGAAAGACUCUGGACCCGUACGAUCGACCCUGGGCCUCCACCCCCACCAAGAUCCUCAAGAACCUGAAGUCUGAGGAGAAGCUGACUAAACCCGCUAAAGGUUCUGAGUUCCUGCGGCCCGUCAGAGGGUUCUUCUGCCUGCUGUGCAAACAGUUCUAUGGAGACGCCAUCUGUGCUGAGGAGCACGUGACCACCCACGCCCACAACAACAAGUACAAGAAGCAGAUGUACGAGAACCCUUUGUACGAGCAGAGGAGGAACCUGGACCGGCAGGCCGGACUGGGCUCCGAGACCAGCGGGAAGAAACGAAAGCACGAGGACGGGGACCAGAGCAACAAGGACGAGAAGUCCAAACACAAGAAGGAGAAGAGGGAGAAGAAGGACGAGGAGCCCAAUGUGGCUCAGGAGGAGAAGAUUAAAAAGGAGGAAGAGGAGGCGAAGCCCAGCAAGAGAACGGAGGAGUUGAAGAAGUCCAAAAGCCUGGAGGUGGCGAGGCCUUCGCCUGAGGAGAAGUUCAAAGGCAGCAGGAAGGCGGAGCGGCAUCGCUCCAGCAGGGAGGAGGAGGAGGAGGAGGAGGAUGAGGAGGAGCGAGGUAAACACAGCAGGAAGGAGGACCAGGACCGGUGCAAACACAGAGAGGAGGAAGGGCGGCGCCGGUACCGCAGGGAGGAGAAAGACCGCUACGACGGGCGGCCCAAACACGCGCUCCAUUCAGACCUCAGGUCCAAACGCAACGAAGAGAAGCUAAAGGAGGCGUCCAAGAAGCCCGAAGCCCCCCCGAAGCCAUUUGACCCCCCCAAAGUCCUCUGUGGGCCCAGCCCGGCCAUGAGGGCCAAGCUCCGCAAGCAGAGCCUGGAGCCGGGCCGCCCGCCGCCUCCCGCCGCCGCGCCUUCAUUCGGGAAGUUCACGUGGAAGCGGAAGGAGAACGUUCUGGCGAAGGAGGCGGAGAAGGUCGCCGCCGAGUUCAUCAAAGAGGACGAAGCGGCUGCCGGGGGCAACGCGGCGUCGCCGGCCGAUUCCUUCGCUCGAUCCAUGGCGGUUGCCAAGGAGAUUGCCGAUAAGCUGGGCGGCCACAGCACGCCCCCCCCGUGGGCGUACAACCGGGGGCGGAUCCGACCUAACCUCCCUGCGCCCGCCGCCGUCCUGAGGAAGACCACCACGGCGGGAAAACCUGCCCCCCUGAACACCUUCCUCUCCAUCCAGAACGCCGCACUAGCGGGGCUGCCCCCCCCCCCGGAGACGCACUCCUGCAGCGAUGGACUCAUGAGGGCUCUCACCGCCCAGAACACACUGCUGCAAAAUACACCUCCACCUGCCGUUGGUAACCCUGCACCAUCAGUCUGUAAACCUCCACCUCCAGUUUGUAACCCUGCACCAUCAGUCUCUAAACCUCCACCUCCCGUUUGUAACCCUGCACCAUCAGUCUCUAAACCUCCACCUCCAGUUUGUAACCCUGCACCAUCAGUCUCUAAACCUCCACCUCCAGUUUGUAACCCUGCACCAUCAGUCUCUAAACCUCCACCUGCCGUUGGUAACCCUGCACCAUCAGUCUCUAAACCUCCACCUCCAGUUUGUAACCCUGCACCAUCAGUCUCUAAACCUCCACCUCCAGUUUGUAACCCUGCACCAUCAGUCUCUAAACCUCCACCUCCCGUUUGUAACCCUGCACCAUCAGUCUCUAAACCUCCACCUCCAGUUUGUAACCCUGCACCAUCAGUCUCUAAACCUCCACCUCCCGUUUGUAACCCUGCACCAUCAGUCUCUAAACCUCCACCUCCAGUUUGUAACCCUGCACCAUCAGUCUCUAAACCUCCACCUCCAGUUUGUAACCCUGCACCAUCAGUCUCUAAACCUCCACCUCCCGUUUGUAACCCUGCACCAUCAGUCUCUAAACCUCCACCUCCAGUUUGUAACCCUGCACCAUCAGUCUCUAAACCUCCACCUCCAGUUUGUAACCCUGCACCAUCAGUCUCUAAACCUCCACCUCCCGUUUGUAACCCUGCACCAUCAGUCUCUAAACCUCCACCUCCAGUUUGUAACUCUGCACCAUCAGUCUCUAAACCUCCACCAAUCGAGGCAAAGUUUAGACUACCUGAAACUGCGCCUGCUUCACCCGUGGCUAAACCAGCACCACCAUCAAUGAUAAAGAUUGUGUCUGACGUAGCGGCUCCCGGGGUCCCGGAGGGCGAACAGACCCGUACGGUGUUUGUCAAGCCUCCACCUUUCAUGAACAUGGGCGAUGGCCCUCAGAAGCCUGAGAAGCUGAGGAGCAACCUGGCUGCAGCUAAAGCUCAGGACUUGUUCAACAUCUUCUACAGCAGGGUGGACCAAUCAGGAGCCUCCUCCAUCACCAAACCAGCAGCGGACGCCAGCGCCGCCGCGAGCAGCACCACUAAAAGUUGCUUUCCUACCCCCCAAGCACCAAAAACUCAACCUCAGCUUCUAACGCCGCCCCAACCUCCACCCGAGGUCCCCAAAGCUCCACCCCCAGGCUCGCCGAGUCCCCAAACCCAGCAGGAGCCGGUUAUUCAAAUAGAAUCGGUUUGGUCUUUGCAGCCGGCACCGCGGACUGAAACCCCGCUAGGACGGGCUUCACCUGUGCAGCCCGACGAUCACAGUGGACCACAGAACCAGAUCUCCACCCCCACCUCUCCGUCCCAAACCAAGCCCGCUGAGCUGGAACCAACACCUCAGAUCCCCACAGACGGCCAACCGGACCGGGACACCCAGUCCCCACUUCAUCUAGAGACCCCUCCUGACACCGCUCCGGAACACGCUCCCAAGCCAAGCCCCAGAACUAGAGGCAAGAGGACCCCCCCUGCCCCCCGCCCCGUCCGGCAAACUCGAUCUCAAACCAGAUACCAGACCCGCCAGCAGAGCCAGUCUGAGCCGGAGCCGGCUCUCAGUGAUUCUGACUCGGUGGGUCUGGAGCCAAAAGGUCCGGACCCCACGGAUCCGGGCCCCGGGGUGCUGCUGGAGGGGGGCGCGCCCAGCGAGGGAGACCCUCCUGUGACGGAGAUCACCAGUGAGACCCUGGGCCUCCCGGCUGACAUGACCUCCCUCGACUUUGACUACAACUUUAACUUUGAGUAGUGGGUGUCGGGUCAGUAGUGGACUGGACUUUGCUGACAGACUCGAGGCGUUAAAGAUUCGGACCUUCAUCCGUUUGAGCCAGCGUAGGAAGGAAGCCUUUUGGUCGUCCCCUAACAACCCCAACCGAUCCCAUGAGUGAGUUCUCAGGACUUCACGUGGUUCUGGCUGAGAAGCUUUCAGUAACGGGACGAGAAGGUUGAAAAGUGAGCAGUCGGAUUAAUUUUUUUCAGAUGUUGAUCUUUCUUGUAAACUUGAUAUUUUUAGUUUGACUCACGGACAAAAUGCACCACAGCUCAUUUCAAAGUGAAACCACAUAGGAGGUCACAUGUUCUGUUGCCAACGUUACGGGGUUUGGACCAAACUGAGUGGAUCAAAUGUCAACGUGUCUCCUUGUCCCUGUGUCUCCUUCUGCAUGUCUCCUCAUUCGCAUGUCUCCUUGUCUCCUCCUGCAGGUACAGUACCCAACACACCACUUUUUGUUUUUUCUACUGUUAUUUUCUUCUUUUACAACCAGUCAGACCAAAAGCAGCUCAGUUUGUUCUCAUGUUGGAUCUGAUUCCUGUAGCAGUGCAGCAGUUUGGGUUUGAUGCACUGAUCUGAGGUCACUUGUGAGAUGAGUCCAUUGCUUUGUGUAAAGAUUCAAUAAAAGUUAGUGGAGAAACGGCG